UUUUGAUUAGCUGGACGUCAUUGAUUUACUUCCGUGUUUGUUGACACAACGUGAAAUUAUAUUUUCCAGCAAUGUUUUUGGAAGUGACAAAAUGAACUAAUUACUUUGAUGAUAUUGUAGAAUAUUGUUGAAUUGUGACAACUGCAACUUGUUUGAUCAUGAUGAAUAGCCUCCGGUUCCGUCCAGAUACAAACAUCCGUGACCUCAAUGCAAAGGUCAUGAUACAUCUGCGUAACUCCCUCGACACAGCGCCAGAAACACAGAACUGGAGAGCUUUAGCGAGCAUCUUGGAACAUCCAUUUGGUUUUAAGUCUUUCGAGAUCGAGAAGAUGGCCAUGCAGAUUUAUAGCAGUGGAAGUCCGACGGAGCAGCUCAUUCUGGAGCUGGGGGCGCGUGGGAUGGUCGUCCAGGAACUCGUCCGAUAUCUCGAUACGCUGCGGCUUGAGGCCAUUUUAGUGGACUUCAAGAAUUAUGAGCCUAUACAAAUUACCUCGGAGCCGGAGUUAGAGGUGAAACUAUUCGAAGGAGACCCGUUGCGUCUGAUUGUCGAGGCAACUGGCUUCCCAUACCCACGGUUCCAGUGGUUCUUUGAAAACUCUGAGCUCACUGGGGCUAUAGAAAACACACUGAACAUACCAAAUAUUCGUGCAUCUCAGACGGGACACUACUGCUGUCGCUUGCACAACUGUGCUGACCCAACCCAGACCAAGUUUACUCGGCAUUCCCUCGUUAAGGUGUAUCCAGACAUGUGUACCCAUGCUGCUUAUAGUGGGGCUGAUGGGAAAACAUCACAACCUCGUUUGCAAAAAGUUCCAUCAGAUGAAAGGAAUGAUGUGGAAUAUGAUGAAGAGCUUGACAAGACUUGUAACCUGCCUGUUAUAGUGGAGCAGCCCCAGGAUGUGUUCACCAUCAAGGGGAGCCCAUUCCACAUUGUGUGCAAAGCCAGGAGUCGUUUCCCCUUGCGCUACACCUGGUAUCAUGAAGGCCAGUAUUUCCAUGAGACGCAAAUUCCACUGCUGGAGGUGGACAGCGCAUUGAGCAGUCACAGUGGGCGAUAUCAGUGUAUUGUGAGAAACGAUUUCGGGGAGGCACGCAGUCACCCGUUCAUGGUGACCGUUUCAGACUAUGAUACCCCAAGAGUAAUUAAAGCACCGGAAAUCAUCAGUCAGCCUAAAUCGUGCUCAGUUCAAGUGGGAGGGGUGGCGGUAUUUGUGGUGGAGGCGUGUGGAACCCAGCCCAUAACAUAUCAGUGGUUUAAAGAUUCAACACUCAUAUUUGGUCAGGAGUCGUCUGAAUUGCGGAUCUCCAACAUCCAGUCGCAGGUCUCGAACCUCCAGCCACAAGAGGUGCAGGUGGGCGUGUAUCAGUGUCUGUUGAAGAACGAGUAUGGAGCCAAGUUCUCGGAAGGAGCCGUUCUCGCCAUCGGCAGCGAGCUCCACACACUACAGGAAUAUCAUGCAAAAGACAAGUUUGCCCUACUCAUUGGUAAUUACUCGUACAAGGCUGAGAAUUCGCUAAACGCCCCGAAAGAAGAUAUCAAAACUCUGGCCGAGAUUUUCCGCAACCUGCAGUUCAAGGUGGUCUCCCUGUUGAACUUGACGAAGAACGAGAUGGUUGCCGCGGUCGAGGAGUUUUGUCGGUUGCUGGACGAUGGAGUCUACUGCGUGUUUUAUUUCUGCGGUCACGGCUUUGAAGAAACCCGCCAGUGUUACCUCGUGCCGGAAGACGCUCCCACCGGGUUCACCUGGGAGGACUGUGUGUGUGCCGAUCAGGUGCUGGAACGGAUGCAGAACAGAAACCCGGCCAUCUGCUGUAUGAUCCUCGAUAUCUGUCGCAGGCAAAACCAUGUAUCAUCUAGUUCCAUACCAAAGAUCAUUGAGCCACGCACCACGACCGCAGGCAACACCAUUAUCUGUUUUGCCACAAGUGCCGGGUGUGCUGCUUUCGAGCAGCCUCAGUGUGGAAUUCUGGUCUAUUUCCUGCAGCGCCAUCUGUCGAAGCCGAUCGGUAUUGAGGAAGUGUUUGCUUUAGUUCGGUCAGACAUGACCAAGAAUGACCGCUACAAGGGUAAACAGAUUCCUGAGGUACGGACCAACCUGACACAGCCGCUUCGCUCGCUGGCAGACAGGAUCAAGUACCAGGGGGGAGGAACGCAGGCGUUUCUACGACGACAGUUUCUGUGGGAAGCAGCACACCGUCGACCUCCGACCCGCACCAUCGAGGUGAAACCCCAUGAGCUGGGUAUCGAGCUGGAGCUGGACUUCCAGUCGGAGUUCUCUAACGUCUUGCACAUCUUCGUCACCGUCAAGAAGAAAGACAAACUGUCCGAGUGCAGCGCCUGGGUCGCCAAGAUACCAAAUACGUUGUCGAUCAUGGACCAACCCUGUUUCGUCUCCAGUCCAGACUGCCCGUUCAAGAAGACGAAGAACAUUAUCCAGGACAUUCAGAAGUUGAAGGACAGCAUGGUGGUGACGAUCGCCGUGCGGUACAGACGGACAGACAGCCGACAGGAGGAGAUAAUCGACUGCGAGACGGUCGAUCUUGGAUUUCCUCUCAUUGCCGAACUCAAGUUGUGGCAGCCGCGCACACUGUCCGCGUCAGGGCACCCCGUCGAGCAGAUGGAAGACUUAUCGUUGUGAUCAUCUAGCAUUUAUCAUCAGUAUCGGGGACAUAACAUAGUCGUGAAUUUAUCAUCAGUAUUGGGGACAUACAUGUAACACAGUCGUGAGUUUAUCAUCAGUAUCAGGGACGUAACAUAGUCAGAAAUUUAUCAUCAGUAUCGGGAAACAUAACAUAGUCAAGAAUUUAUCAUCAGUAUCGGGGACAUAACACAGUCAUGAAUUUAUUAUCAGUAUCGGGAAACAUAACACAGUUGUGAAUUUAUCAUCAGUAUCGGGGACAUAACACAGUAAUGAAUUUAUCAUCAGUAUUUGGGACAUAACAUAGUCGUGAAUUUAUCAUCAGUAUCGGGGAAACAAUGGAUGGAAGACUUGUUGUGAUCAGGUCUCCUUUCACCUGUGCGGGAGACAGUUUCUCCUGUUAAAUGACAUUUUAGUAAGCAUAAAAAAAAUCGAUCCUCUUUUGUCAAAAUAACAGAAGGGAAGUAACUCUGCCUUUUUUUUCUCAUU